CAGACAGUCGUUGCUAAUUUUGCGUAUAAACAUCCAAACCGCUGUUUUAACGAAUAUGGUAGUUGAGACUGGAUUUUAUAAUCCCCAAAAACAGUAAUAUUGACCGUCUUUCUGACAUUAAUUUCACUCAAAUCAAUUUUGAGAUUGAUUAUCGUCAAUGCCGCAUCGCUUGGAGAUGACACUAUAAAUUGCUCUGGGAUUGACGCCGCCAUUUAGUAUGUCCGCAAAAUGAGUUUCGUCGUUUCGUCCCUAACAUGCCAAAAAAUCCACAAUUCAUGCCAAGAGAAUGUUUAAUUUGUUUAAUUGUUUUUUCAAAAGUGCUAUCAUCGUUUUUUAAUUUAUUUUUUUACCUACAAACGCCACAAACACUAACUAAAGAGUGGGUGAAUGGAUAUCGAAAGAGGAUAUUGCUCAGCUAAAUAAGUCAACUGAUUAUAUAGACAUGGAUAUUUCAUCACUUCUUAAGUUGGUUCCAGUGAUAGCAAAGCCCUCAAAGAUCAAUAGUUUCCCCUUAUUCCUGAUCUUGUUGGCAAUGCUCACAUCCUGUGCAUCGCAGCUGAACCCAUCAUUGGACUUUGACUCUAUCGAUAAUCGCACCUGGCCAUUUCGAGAUACUGCAAAUAGAUCUGUAGCAGAAAAAGAAUGGCAUCCGUCUUACGGGGACAACGAUCGAGUAACGAAUGUAACGAUUGGAAACUUGACGGUACCAAUUUGCCUUGACUCCCAUGUGUGUUCUGCUAGAACAUGUGGUAAGUUUAACUACCAAAGUCCCACAUGUCACUGUGAUGAACAUUGCACUUUCUUUGACGACUGUUGUCCCAAGUUUAUCAAUGAUCAUCCAAUUGAUUGCAGUAGAUACUGGAAUCUACAACCGUCACCUUUUGACUUAUACGACCGAAGCUUCUUCAGUUGUGAAGAGGUUAAGAUAGGUGAACAAGACACGAGGGCGUAUGUGCUUAUCUCCAAGUGUCCCAGCACCUGGAAGGACAGAGAGAUUCGGGAAAGAUGCGAAGUUCCCUACCGAGUAUUGCAUUCUACUUUAGAAGACAUCCCAUUGUCUUUUGAGAGCACCGUAAGCUUCAGGAAUGUAUACUGUGUGAUAUGCAAUGGACUUGACCCUCAAACACUGACUCCAUGGCACGUUGACUUUAUAUGUCCUGAGGAUUUUGUUACUGAUCUGCAGGUUAAUCCACAACCCUUCGGAGAUAUACUUAACAACAGCAAUUGCUGGCCUUUUGUAAAGUAUCCUGCAAAUGCAACGAAUGGUCCUGCCGUAAGGACGUGUUUCAAGACUAAAUCCCAAGAAAACCACACAGAGCUCUGUAAGACCUCAUUUGACCCUGAACUCCAAUAUGCAUGUGAAACUUUGACUGCUCCAAUAUUGCUUGACGGAAACGGGAACCCUCGUUUCAAAAACCCAGCUUGUUACGCAUGCUCAGUUGGACCAUACCCCGACCAGAGAGCAAUGUGUCCUAAUGCCAUGGACCUGGAUGGUUCCAUUGGAGAAGGCUCUGAUGCGCCAAAUCUUACCCCGAUUUCUGUUUUGUUUGACUUCACAUCGGACAGCAACACCAGGCUACAAGUUGGUGAAACUGUUGUCUCAACAGUCACGGUGACUUGCCAAUCGGAUGAAGUUUUUGAUCCUUUCUCCGGUGCGUGCUUAAGACUUACCUGCCCUCGUAAAUACAUAAUGGUUAAAAGUGCGUGUGUCAAGGAAGAUACAGCUGUCGAAACCAUAUGCCAGAUGAUGAAAUAUUACAAUGAAACUGUUUCUGUUACCGUUCUCUUUAAGGAGCAAGGAAUAUGUCCCUACUUUGUGACCACUCAUGCAUGCUUUACUAACGAAUUGUUGGUAGUCUUGGGACUUACGUCUCAAGCCAAGUGCAUAGAAAUAUUUACCAACGGCCAUUAUGAGACGCUUUUCAUUUGGGGUCUAAAAAGUAAUUUCACUUUUGAAAUGGUGGAUGAGACCAUUGAACAAUAUCGCGAAAAUAUGACAACCGGGUCAUGCAACGUGUCAGCCGUGUCAUUAUUCAGUCGCUGUGGUACGUCCAUAAAUUGUGAGACAUUAAUUACAACAUCAACCACCAGUUUUGAGAUGACCACGGGUACAACCCUUCAUCCUCACACUAAACCCCCCUUUCCAUCAAAUUAUGACGCUAUGAACAUAGAGAGAUUCAAGGUACUUGAAACCACGUAUCAACUCUUCCUGAGCAGACACAGCGUCACAAGGACCGAAUCUAGGUUUGUAUGUGACUCUAGUGAAGGAAACCUUCCCUGUCCAAGUGCCGUCUUUAACAUGAGCUUAUUCAUUCAUUUAGGGGAUGAUGGACUUUUGCAGUACAUACCAUCAGGAGAAAUUUUGUCUCGAGAGCAAUACGUAUUUUAAAAAAACGGGUUGCUUAGAGCGUGUAAUUUCUUAAAUCAGAAUGGAACCGUUAAUGAAACGACUACCAAUUACUUCUUUCGAUAUUCACCCAUGCAAACAUACGUUAGUUUGACAGGAACUUCCCUUUCACUUGCAUCACUCCUGGUGACUUUCUUGACCUACGUGACUUUCCCUUUACUUCGCAAGCAAGUCAGUAACCACCUGAUCAUGAUAUUAUGCGUGUCUCUAUUCCUCGCGCAGUGUCUUCUGCUCUUUGGAGGAAUGGUUAGCAGUGUUUCGCAGCAUUUGUGCACAGUGUUUGCUGCUGCAUCCCACUUUUCAUGGUUGACUGUCUUUACCGUCUCCACGAUGAUCGCCUUGGAUCUUAGCCGGACCUUUGGAUCCCAUGCAACUAUUAGGGUAUCGACAGCAAACCGAAGAUUGCUUACAGGUUAACUAUCACUGGCCAUUGGGUUGCCAUUUUUGUUUGUGAGCUUCACCCUUACCCUCAGCAUCCUUAAAGGCGAAGAUCUCGACUUGCAUUACGGUAAACAAUCGUCUUGCUGGAUCGGAGAUGGGUUGGCUAUCCUUUUUGUAUUUGGCGUUCCUGUUUUAUUCUUGCUCUGUCUUAACCUGCUCUUCUUUGUGAAGACAGUCCAUGGCAUCGCAAAAAGCAAGAAGAUCGGAAUGACCCUUCAUGAAGGAAAGAAAGCCUGCAGUUAUACUGAAGAACUUCUCAAGAUCGCAAUAAAGGUAUCUUCUAUAAUGGGCUUCACAUGGCUCUUUGGAUUUGUGGCUGCCUUCAGUAAGCAGGAAGCUCUCUGGUACAUCUUUAUCGUCCUCAACUCUUGUCAGGGUCUGUACAUCUUUUUGGCUUUCACAGCUACCCGAAGGGUUUGCCACAUGUGGCGGGACCUCCUGCUCAAGAAGUUAUACGGUAGGAGACCCAACGUCGGAUCUGAGAUGAGACUGCGGACAAAGUCAGAACUAAGCUCAGUUCAAACAGUAUCAGUAUAAAGUAUUUAUUUAGCGGAGAGGGGAGCCGAUAUAGGACCGCGGGUCCAUUCCGAACUCAAAAGAUGAAGCAAUUGAGCUUUUGUAAAUAAUAGCUGAAGAUCUUAUGCCAGUGACGUCGUAAUUUCAUAGUGCCCUUUUGUAAAUAUAAUAGCUAUAGGCUUAUAUAUUUGACGUUAUAAUUUCAUAGUCCCCUCACUCAGAGGAAAUAGGAGUACGCCUAAACCGAGUACUUGACAGAGAUGCGCCAGCUGCAGAUCAUCAUCGCAUGCAAGGCAAUGUCUUCAGACUCUAUUAUGUCUAAGGUGACGCCAAUGUAUAAGGCCUAUAUCAUUUGUUCUGUUAUUACUACUACUAGAAUGUGUGAAUAGCGAGAUAUAAUAUAUGAUAUUAAUUUAGAGCAAUAUAUACAUGCAUGUAAAAGAUAUAUGAUAACUAGGCAUAGCAGAAACUGUUUAUGCAUUGUGUUCUCAGAUCAUGGUAUUUUAGAUAAACAAAACAAACCAGAAAAUAUGUUAAUGAAACGUUAUAU